AUGACAUAAGAUGCUCCAGAUCUGCCUCCUGGGCGCUAGUUUAAAAAUAAAGGAUAUUACACCUCGGUGAGGGGAGGCUGCGGGACCGGCGAUGCGCGGGACAGUGCUGUGUGAGUCAGACGCCAGGAUGGCACUUGCAGAACCAGUCUCCUCCGUGGCUUAUUGCAAUUCAGCUCUUCAAGGCAGCUGCGAGGUGGCAGGGGAAGAUGUGCUGCUCAACUCUUCACCCAGAACUGCUGAGCCACACAACAGCCAGCCAGGGGAAGAUUCCAAGAUUGAGGACUAUCAGGUGAACUCACUCGGUCCCAAAGCAGCCCCCUCCUCUCCUGGCUCCAGCAUGUGGACAACACGUCGUGAUGGGGAGGUCAAGCUGAGGAUGGAGGAGCAGGGCCCUGGCAGUGAGGCCCCAAAGACUGUGCACCAGCUCUUCCAGGAAAGUGUCAACAAAUACAGCAACUUUUAUGCCCUUUCAUCCAAAAAAAAUGGCAAGUGGGUAAAGCUGACGUAUAAGAUGUACUAUGAUGAGUGCUGGAAAGCAGCCAAAAGCUUUCUGAAGCUGGGGCUGGAGCGUUUCCAUGGAGUGGGCAUCCUGGGAUUCAAUUCUGCUGAGUGGUUCAUUGCUGACAUUGGAGCUAUCCUUGCAGGGGGAUUUGCUGUUGGGAUCUACACUACAAACUCUCCUGAGGCCUGUCAUUAUGUAGCAGAGAACUGCAGUGCCAACGUCAUAGUGGUGGAAAACCAUAAACAGCUGCAGAAAAUCUUAGAAAUUGAACACAGACUACCUCAUCUGAAGGCCAUUGUCCAGUAUGGGGAGGAGAUCAAAGAGCAGAGACCAAAACUGUACUCGUGGAAGCAGUUCAUGGAGCUGGGCAGGGACGUGCCGGACGAGCAGCUCCACGAGGUCAUCGCCACCCAGAAACCCAACCAGUGCUGCACCCUCAUCUACACCUCGGGCACCACGGGGCAGCCCAAGGGGGUCAUGCUCAGCCACGACAACCUGACGUGGACGGGGACGGUGGCCGCGCGCUUCAUCAUGCUGAAAGACGCCCGGGAGAAGCAGGAGGAGGUGGUCAGCUACCUGCCCCUGAGCCACAUUGCUGCACAGAUGUGUGACAUUUGGGCAGCCAUGACCCUCGGAGUGCAAGUUUACUUUGCCCAACCAGAUGCAUUGAAGGGCAGCUUGGUGGAGACCCUGCGAGAAGUGAGGCCAACUGCUUUUCUGGGAGUUCCUCGUGUCUGGGAGAAAAUGGAAGAGAAAAUGAAAUCUGUGGGCAUGAAAGCCUCAGCGAUCCGACGGAAAGUGGCAGCAUGGGCCAAGGGAGUGGGGCUGCAGACCAACCUCAAGAAGAUGGAUGGGCGCUUGGACGAGCCGGUGAAUUUCCGCCUGGCCCGGCAGCUGGUGUACAGGAAGGUGCGCAAGGCCAUCGGGCUGGACCGCUGCACCAAGUGCUACACUGGGGCUGCUCCCAUCACCAGAGAGACCCUGGAGUUCUUCCUGAGCCUCAACAUCCCUGUGAUGGAGCUCUAUGGCAUGAGUGAGAGCUCUGGGCCCCACAGCAUCUCCCUGCCUCACGCCUUCAAGCUCGGCAGCUGUGGGAAGGUGAUGUCAGGGUGCCACACCCUGAUCCAUAAACCAGACAUGGAUGGCAUUGGGGAGAUCUGCUUCUCAGGCAGGCAUGUCUUCAUGGGCUACCUGAACAUGGAGGACAAAACCAGAGAAGCCAUUGAUGAGGAUGGCUGGCUGCACUCAGGGGACCUGGGCAAGCAUGACAAGGAUGGAUUCCUCUUCAUCACAGGCAGAAUUAAAGAGCUCAUCAUCACAGCAGGAGGUGAGAACAUUCCUCCUGUUCCAAUCGAGGAUGCUGUCAAGAACGCUGUUCCCAUCAUCAGCAAUGCCAUGCUGGUUGGAGACAAAGCCAAAUUCCUUUCCAUGCUCCUGACACUAAAGUGCGUGGUGGAUGCAGAAACGGGUGAGCCUGGAGAUGACCUCAGCCCAGAAGCUCUGGCAUUCUGUCAGAGGCUGGGCAGCAAGGCCACCAAGGUCUCAGAAAUCAUCAGCAGCAAAGACAAGGCCAUCUACACUGCCAUCCAGAAAGGGAUCUCUGCUGUCAAUGAGAAAGCUGUGUCCAAUGCCCAGAAAGUCCAGAAGUGGGUCCUGCUGGAGAAGGACUUCUCCCUGUUUGGUGGAGAGCUUGGCCCCACCAUGAAGCUGAAGAGGCCGGUGGUGGCUCAGAAAUACCGGGACCAGAUCGCUCGGUUUUACACGGACACCGAAAAACCCUCGGGGGAGCCCUCGGCCCGGCCAUAGAGCCCGCCCCGGAACCGCCCCAGGACACUCCCAGCUGCCCAGGAGCGAUUCCCUGAUG